GAAGAACCUUUGAUGUUUUCUGAUAAACUCCUUUCUUUCUUUCUUUCUUUGAUUGAUUGAUUGAUUCCCCUUUCUCAUUAAAUGACUUCAACUCAUCUUCAACUCAUUCAAAACAUUUCAACCUCAAUCAAAUAACAAUCCAUCAACCAACCAAUCAACCGAACCAUCAACUCAUCUCAUCAAUUCAUCAAGAUGGGUUUCUUAUCACUUUUCAAAUCAAACCAAUUAUCUAACUCUCCUGAUGCAUUUGAAAAAGAAUUGGCUCAAUUAGAACUCAAAAUCGAAAGACAUCAAGAUAGAUUACAAGCUAUCAAAGAACGUGAAAUCUCUACUACCUUUAAUGUUACUACUUAUUCUUUAUUGUUUUGGUCUGCUUAUUCCGCACUUUGGUAUAUGGGAUGGGGUUGGUCAUAUUGGAAAACAUCAUUAAAUCAUCAAGAUGAAUCUCAUCAAACUAAUUCUAUUAAUCAAAUCUUGGAAAUCACUCCCAUCAUCUUGAUUCCGAUUGGGUUAAUCUUUACAAGACAACUUUUUCAAUCUUGGUAUACUCACAAACAUGAAUCUGAACAACUUCAAUUACGUCAACUUCAAAAACAAUUAAGGGAAAAGGUUGAAGAGCUUAAAAAGAAGACAUCAUAUUAUACGACUCGUGAAUUGUUGGAAAGAUAUGAUGAUAAGCUAAAAACUUCGAAUAACCCAUUGAACAGAAAGAUGGGUGACCGUCCAUCACCAAUGUCAACCCCUGAUACUCUUCGACAACGUCAUCCUCCCUCAACCCACUCACCCGCACCUCCUAACUCACAACCUCCUAACUCGAUGCCUUCCAUCAAACCGCCACCAAGCCAACCACGAGGUUCUCCAUCAGUUCCUUCGCCCGCAGGCAGUCAAAGAGGAUGGGCUGAUCGGUUUGCCGAGGCUUUAUUAGGUGAUGAUGAAGCUAAACCUGAAACGAAAUAUGCUUUGAUAUGUAAGAGGUGUUUUAACCAUAACGGAUUAGUGAGACAAGAAGAAUUAGAUUCGAUUCAAUAUGUGUGUCCUAAAUGUGGAACAUUCAAUCCUGCGAAGGUUCCUCGAUCUCAUUCACCAGCUGGAGACGGUUUACCUCGAAGUGCUUCUGCUCAUCCAUCUUAUGGUCGAUCAUCUCUAGAUCCUUUUAAAGCUACUUUUGCUCAUCCUACAUCCACGAUAGAUGAGCAAACGGGUGAAGAUGGGGGUGGGAGAUACCUUAAGGCUUCGAAACCGGCUUAUUCACGGAAAUCACUUGGAAUCACCCCUUCAGCAUCAUCUGAUCGGAUCGCAUUGAAACAACAGAAGAGAAGUGUCAGUUCGACUUUACAUGACAAGACUACUACGAUAAGAGAACCAGUGGAAGAAGAAGAACCGGUGGAAGAAGAAGAACCCACUCAAUUUGAUUCAGGCCAUAGUGAUUCUUCCGAGUCCCGACCCGAAGAUUCUAAAGACCCUCGACCUACUCGUCACUCUGAUGUCUCUGACGAAUGAACGAUGCAGCGCUCACAAAAAAACAAAUAAUAAGAUCGGUACUGAAUAUAUAUCCAACCUUGAUAGACUUUCAAUUAAUUCAUUGAAACUGGUAACCUCAAUGAUUUUCGUAUCUAUAGCUAAUCUAAUUCACAUUGCUAGUCUUUCUCUCGGAGUUUUAUUAAGUCAUGAAAAAAAAAACAUUUUUUUGGGAAAGUGAAGCAUUUACAGUUUAUGAUAUAAAGAUAUAGCUUAUUACUCUUUUUUCUGAUUAAUCUUGAGUGACGGAGUGUUCCUUAGUUUGCUUUGCUUUUGUUUGUUUGUUUGUUUAUACUUUAUCAAAAAAAUAAGAUGGAUGUAUAUAAAUUUUUAAGAGAUAGGAGACAAUCAUUGCGCAACACUUAACUUAUAUAGAUUUGGGUAUAGAUUUUCUUUGAAAAGAAGUCUGGCUAUCAUGAU